AUGGCUCCGCGCCGCAGUUGGUGUAAGCUCUGCCAAGAUGAUUACAGGGCUGGCGAUGCGAUUGUUAAGUGCACCAGCUGCCCGAAAUCGUACCAUCGGGAGUGCCUGGAGCACGAUAUCGCCACCGGCGGUGCCCACAACGCCGAGGUGGUCAACGGGCAGUACGACUUCUCCACGUUCCAGUGUGAGAACUGCCUGCGAUACGAGGAUGAGAACGUGAUUGAAAAUGACGAGCGCUGUAAGCUGUGCAAGGAGAAGAACCGCGAUGAUCGCGACGUUCUGCUCCUUUGUGACGGCUGCCCCAACAGCUACCACAUUAGCUGCCUGCAGCUCGUUGCGGAGCCGGAUGGCGAGCAGUGGUUUUGCCCUAUGUGCAAGCCCGAGGACUUCCAGGUGGUGACGUUCCGCAAGAAGCAGAACCCCCUGGCGGAGUCGGGCGAUCACGUAAAUUCCUCCAUUUGCUACGUGUGUCAGCGCCACGGCAAGUUGCUGGGGUGCGACUUCUGCAGCAACUCCUUUCACCACGGUUGUUUACCCGAAUUUGAUGUGGGAACUAUCGGUGACGUGUGGGAGUGCCCCUGCUGCAAGGGGCAGGACCCCUUCAUCAACCAGAUGCAUAAGCGCUGGACUGUGCAGCAGAUAGACAGAAACCUGAAGGAGCGGCGACGCUGCGUUGUGCUGUGGAAGGCCAAAAUAACUAAGUAUCGCAACCGAUUCUUGCUGGCUCAUCGUGAUGAGCUAGGGCCUUUUGUGACCGAUAAGUGCAUGGAGGCUCUAACUCGCAACCUGGUGGACGACAGUUCCUCCUCCCGCAAGCGCCUGGUUAACUACGGGCGCAGCAUCGACGACAUACUGGAGUACUUCGAGGAGGAGGGCAUGAUAGAGGCGGAAAAGUUCAUUGCGAAGGCGCACAAGAGCGCGUUCUAUCCCAGUGGGCGGCGGAUAGAGGGGCGCCCCCUCCGUACCGGGGUGCAGCUUAAGCCUCACCAGGAGUUCGGUGUCGAUUGGCUGUUGAAAUCGUUCCUCACGGGUGGCGCUAUCUUGUCCGAUGAGAUGGGUCUCGGCAAGACUAUUCAGACGCUGUGCUUUCUAUCGUACCUGAAAAUGAUGAAGAUUGAGGGGCCACACCUGAUUGUGGUGCCCCUGUCUACGGUGGGCAACUGGUUGCGUGAAGUGCACCGUUUCACGCCUCACUUGACCUCCAUUAAGAUUUGCGGUUCCCGCACGGAGCGCCAGCAUGCCAUGGAUGACCGGUUGGCCAACAAAGGUUUAUACGACUUGUACAUUACCACCUAUGAGACCGUUAAGAGCGAGGAGGAGUUUUUCGUGGAGACUAUCCCUCGUUGGCAGUGCCUGAUUUUGGAUGAGGCCCACCGUAUUAAGAACCAGUCGGGCGCUGCGCGUCACUCGAUGGAUCGUAUUCUGGCGAACAUGCGCCUGCUGUUAACGGGUACUCCCCUGCAGAACAAUGCAUUGGAGCUGUUCACACUAAUCAACUUCAUGUUCCCGGAUAUAUUCAAGGACACCAUAUUGAUGGAUGAGGCGCUGCGGAACCAACCCAAGAAGUUUGGCCGUACCGUGCCAAUGUCGCCCGCGGCCACCGCUGCGGCGGCAGCGAAUGCGUCCUUCAAGAAAGAGGAGCUUGAGGCCAUUAAAACAUUGCUGAGUCGGGUUAUGUUGCGGCGUUUGAAAGAGGAGGCUAUCACCUUACAGCCAAAGGUUUUCCACGAUGUCUGGCUUCCUUUGAGCGCCGAGUCGCUUCACUGGUACCGCACGUUGAUGAGUGUGCGUCACUUGAUGAAGGAGCAGAUGAGUGUAAAGAAGUUGCUUGGUAUGGUCAUCAAAAUGCGUAUUGUUUGUGGGCACCCUCGCGGCAUCGUCAGCAGGGCCCACCAGACUGAAAAGCUAUUCGACUUCUUCAAGCAGGAGUCGUUGCCACUGCAGAACCAGGUGGAGACAGAUGCAGGCCGCUUACGUGAGCUUCGCGACAAGGAGCAUCGUGACGCUAGUGCCAAACUGACGUUCCUGGACAAGUUGCUGUGUCAGUUGCAUUAUGAAAAUUGUGAGUUUGUGCCCGGAUACCAGGACCAGUACAACGCCCACCUGAAGGAACUGGAGACCAUCAGGGAGCACAAACUGAAGUUGCACAAAAAGAUGAAAGGUGUUGCGGCGCAGGAGCCGUUUGUUAUUGAGACCCACGAGUUUUUGGUGCGCCAGCCCGCACCUACGGCCCGAAACGAACGUUUUAUGGUUGAGGGUAUGUACGAAUGUCCCGUGUCCAACGAAUCUCCCUACAAGCGCGAGACCCUCAACUUCUCGCUUUCCGGGAGGAGGCAGGGAGCGUCAGGCACCAAAAAUGCAAAAACCGCGCAAAAUGCCAAAACGGCACACAAGAGAGGGCGUAUCGUCGAAGAAGACGAUGUCACAAUGAACGGCACGGAUACGGCGGUGUACGGUGAAGAGGGACAUUCUGGACUGAGGUCUAGUAGGCGCGUGAAAUCGGAGUAUGAUUCUAACGCCGAUGAACAUUUGGCGGUCGCCUCGGAUGUAAAGUUGGAGAAUACACAUGACGUGGAUAAUGGAGCUGAUUCUGUAGUAAAACAGGAAGAUAUGGGUGAUAUACAAAUGACUGAUAACGAAGUCCGUGUCAAGGAAGAAACGGCUGAUGUAGUUUUAAAACGUGAGGGCGAUGGUGCCGGUGUAAAGGCAGAAGCUUCAGGGGAAGAUGUGAAGCCUGAAAAUGCAGAGUCCGGCGGUGCCAACGCAGCAGCCGACCCCGACCCCGCGGCUGCCCAAGCCGAGGUUUCCAAAGACCCGCUGAUGCACAAGGUACUUGUUUUCACCCAAUUCCAGUUGGUGCUCGAUGAGUUGGAGACUUACUGUAACUGUCGUGGAUGGAAGUACAUGCGUUUGGAUGGUUCCACGAACAAGCUGAUUCGUGAGUUGGACAUUAGGGAGUUCAACUCGCCGUCCAGUCCGUAUUUCAUAUACCUGAUUAGUACCCGUGCAGGAGGUCUGGGUAUCAACCUUACGGCUGCUAACCACGUGGUUCUGUUUGACGAGGACUGGAACCCCUUUAUUGACCUACAGGCCAUUGACCGUGCCCACCGCAUCGGGCAGAAACGCAGCGUACAUAUUUGGAAAUUGAUCUCCGAGUGGACAGUUGAGGAGCGUAUGGCUCUGUGCCGUGAGAAGAAGCUCCACUUGGACAAGAUGUUGAUAAACUCCUACCGCCAGGCUAUGGACUACGAGGAGGCUGCAGAGGCGCCCAUAGUGUCGCUCACCCCGGCUGCAAUCCUGAAGAUGAUGAUGCAUGGCAACAAUGCGCUUAAGAUGACUGAUUGUGAGGAUAUCACUGAGUGGUAUCUGGACGACAUCAUUUCGCGUGGCCGCAAGACGCCACCGGAGGGCUUGGAUGACUCGGCUGAAAUCGACGAGACCGAGGAUGUCUCCCUGUUGCAGGAGGAAGCUGACCCUAAUAUGGUGAACGUGAGUGACGUCAUGAAAGAGGAGGAUGCUCCGGAAGCUGAAAGUGCUCCCGUCCCAACUGAGAACACAGUGGAAGCUCCCAGUAUUCUGGAAGGCGUUGACCUUAACGUGUCUGACAUGCUGGACCACAAGCAAGUGAAGAAGCUUCUGAGCACCGCCAAGGAUAAAGCUGAGUUGCUGCGCAAACUCGAAAGCGGUGGCUUGCUCUGGCGUUCCGGCCGUGAACGCCGCCGUCCUUCGUCUAUGUAUGUGCCCGAAGGAUUCCGGAAGAGAACCGAAUCCCGAACCAUACGCCACGAAUGCCGUUGCUUCUGCUGCGGUUACGCUAAAAAUCACAAGGCCAACUACAAGGACAAGGAUGGUAUUACUGUCGAGCUUGACUAUGGGCCACUUGUAAAUUGCUUCCGCUGCCCCAAGAGCUACCACAAGGUAUGCGAGAGCUUGGUGGAGCCGAAGAAGACGUGGACUUGCCGGUGGCACGAGUGUUGUCUGUGCUUCCGCAAGAGUUCGCAGUGUGACAACAUGUUGAUCCACUGCUCCAACUGCCCGACGGCCUUCUGCUACGAUUGCUUCCCUCCGGAUUACACCCGUCACUACGUGGGUGAGGAUUACUACUACGCCUUGACGCAGCGUGGUUUGAACGCAAAUUCAUCUAACUGGAUCUUUUUCUUGUGUUCUAAGUGCAAGAUUCAGCAGGAGAAGGACCGCCGGAAGAAGAUGACGAAGGAGGAGCGGGAACAGCAGCAGAAGCAGCAGCGUGAGCUGCGCAAACAGCUGGCUUCCAACGACGUUGUUGACGAUAAAGAGAACAAGAAGCGGCGUAGGGAGGAUCGUAUAGCGUUUUUGGAUAACUUCCGAUCGUUGGAAACGCAGUACGAGAACCGGCUCCGAACUGCGUACGAGCGCUUGUGCCCGCCCAACCUCAUAGAUGAGGUGACCAAAAGGAUUGAGGCUGCCCGUGCGAAACGCGAUGCAGACGAAGCUGCUGGCAUAAUUCGUUUGAAACGUGAGGUGAACUUCUUGGCGGUACGUCUGCCGUUCAGGAUGCUUCAGCUCUGUGAUAAUUGCAAGCUUCCACUGCACAAUUCGGUCCGCUACGCUACUGAGUGCCCCUUCCCCAAAGAGUACGUCAAAUUGGAGGUAACUGUACCAAUUGAUGGUCAAUCCGGCCUAUCGCAAACUUCAGAAGAUGGGACGGCAGCGGGUGUUGAGAUGGCUCCGGGAGCGCCGGGCAAGGUAGUGAAGAAGACCGCCUGCUCCAAGUGUAUGCUCGCCUUCACCGGCAAACUUUCCCACACUCGUCGUAGUUGCGAUGUUUUGGAAGAGGAGGAGCUGCAGUAUUAUGAGGAUCGCCGCAAACGUGCGGCCUCUGCGCUUGAGAUGCUAGAGAGUAUGGGGGCAGACGGACCCAACGAGAUUGAUUAUGCCGCCAUCCCGCACGCUCGGCUGAAGGCUAUCUACAACACCGCGCUGGAAGACAUGGACAAGAUAGUGUUGGACUGUUACUCCAAAUGCGGAAUAGAACUGGUGCCUGCCUCAUCGAGCUCAACACUUGCGUCCUCAGUCAGUCCCCCGUCACCUAGCAGUGGCCCAAUUACUUCCAAGGCAGUGGAUGAUGGUACCGCCGGCGAAAGUGCAUCCUCACAAGACAAUGCAAGCGCGCCAGGUUCCCCUCGUUCGAAGCAAUCUCUGGCGCAACCGUCUGCCGAGCCGGCGAAGAAGGCAGCUGCGAGCGGCGCUGAGGUGCCUGCGCGCACGUCCUCGCCCUCGACUACCGCGCUGGAGGGGUACAUCAGCAGUCCGACCGUUACGAACAGCAAGAGCCCCGUUACCGUCCCUCCCCUGAACCUGGGUGGCCUCUCCGCGGCGGACAGCCUGAACAUUGCCAUUCCCAAGGUGAAGCAUGCCUCGUCACCGGAGGCUGGGCAGGGGCCGCCCACAUCUCGUAGCGUGGAUUCUGGGAGGGCGGGCGGUAGCGACUCUGCACUGGCGGUGAUCGCAAGCACCCCGAUCCCCAAGAAGACCUCGCCGCAGAGCGACGGCGACAUCCGCGACUACUUCGCCGAGCGGAAAUAA